GAAAAUUAAAAGAUACAACAAAAAAAUAAUAAUUAAAUUGCGUAGGAUGUGAAAAAAAAAAACACGUGUAUUAGAGAACAAAGUGUGAACAUUUGAUUUGAAGGUCAAUCGGAAAUCGAUUUUCUUGUUUGAACUUCGCACUAUCCAUGCUUUUCUCGAGGACUUUCUCCCCUCUUCUUCUUUUCAUUAAACGUGUUGAAUUCUCCUACAAAUAUAUUACAUUAUACGUAGAUCUGUUUCUCGGAUAGCGUCAGAACGAUAACGGUUAAAAGUAAGAGAGAGAGAGAGAGAGAGAGAGAGAGUGAGUGAGUGAGUGAGAGAGGGAAAGAGAGUUGGUGAGUGAGAAGGAAGCGAGGAGAAGGAGGAACGAACACCACAUCGUUUAUGUAUUUAUCGAGAUAUCUGCAGACAUAGCGUAAGAUAUAAAGGGCACCUAGAAUACGACGUAGCCAGUCUUCAUAAUCAAUUUAGAUUCGUUAACAUCGAUUUUAAAAAGGGAAAGUAAUAUUUGAAAAUUUGGAAAAAUGCGAAUUUGGGUUUUGGUAACUACACUUUUGAUAGUCAGUAUACUGACUUCAGAAGUAUUCGGAAAGGAGUCAAAAUCUGAGACAAGUGAAAUUACAACUGAUGAUCAAAAUUCAGAAAAAAAGGAAACAAUUAAAUCCGAGUCAAAGAAAGAAACUUCUUCGGACAAGGAGGAAAAGCAUUUAGAGGGGAAAGAUAAAUCGAAGAAAAAGAAAUCAUCUUCAUCUUCUUCCACUGAUACAAAUCCUGAAGUUGGUGACUCGGUUAGAUCAAAGGAAUCGAAAAAGCAUCGAAAGAAUCACAAGUUGAAUCAUACGGUUCAUGGUAAGCAUAAGAAUAAACAUGGAAAACAAGGAAAACAUGGAGAAGAGUCAGGAAGUUUUCUUGAUCAGAAAGAACGACAUGAGAAGGAAAAGUACAAGAAUAAAGGUAUAAAUGGACAGCCGAAUAAUAAUAAAAAGCAUAAUAAAAGAUUAAAGAAGGAUUUGAAACAUGUUAACGAAAUGAAUAAGGAGAACGCUGAGUCAGAUUAUAAACAAUUUGAAAGUUCCGAUUUUGAUGUUGUCAUUGAAAAUAAUAGAUUUCGUAAAAAACAAAAGACAAAGAAUGUUGCCGAUGAAGUCGAUUUGACGAUCGAGAAUAAAACGAAAUCAGAUCGUAAAAAAAAAAACAAGUGUAAAAAUUGUAAGAAAGAAAAUGUUGAAGAGAAAUCAAACGUGUCAGAUAAUGAAGAAGAAGAAGAAGAAACAGGUAAAAUGAACAAGAAAAAGAAACGUAGCGUAGAUAAUAAGGUAGAUAAACAAAAAUCGAAGAAAUUAUCUAAUCGUCAUCAAAGAGAAGCACCAGAGAAAGAAAAUGAGAAUGAGUAUGAUGUAGAAAAGGAAAAAUUACCAUCUUCAGCGGAAAAUGAAAUCGAGUGUGAUAGACACGAUUGUUAUAAGAAGGAAAAAAAUGUCGUAGAAGAAAUAGAUGAAUAUUAAAAUUUCAAAGGUAAAGAUUUUUCUUGAUAGUUAGAGAAAUGGAAAGAGAUACAAAGAAAGAUUUCUCUUAUAGUUUCAUUAUUAGUCGUUAGAUAUAGAAUUCAAAUGUGCCUGAUACACUCAAGAAAACGAUAAAUACUUAAUGUGACAUAUUUUAUUUAUUUUAAUCUAUUUACAUAAUGUUACCAAGUUCAAGAUAUACAUCUACUUGAGUUGUUAUUUACAUCGUCGAAUUUUUAAUCUUAACAGUUGUUUAGAAUAACUUCUUACAAGUCAUUUAUAAAAACUGGAUGUGCUGUAACAUAAAACAGAAAACAAAAAUAAUAUUUAUACUUACACAAA